AUGUUUGCGAACGCAUUUACUCGUUCCGAACAAAUGACCCAGACCUCCAGCAUUACAUUCGAGCGCAACUGCUCCGUUGCUGGAUCUGGCCGUUGGGACCUUGUGCAGAAGAUUAAGUCGAACCGCACCGGCUGGCAGAACGAGCUCGCUCAGAGUCUACUGCCGUACGUCUUAUCGCACUUGUCGGCAAAUAUCUUGAGCAAUGUUCACGAAGCCCUCGCAGUCAACCAGCCCGUGAAUUGGCGAGAGUUCCCGCCCUGUGACGUGCGUCAGAACAGGAGCAACCCAGCCUUUGUUCUACAGGCUGCUGGUCGAGCUAUCCAGUCUCGGAUCAUAGUCCACAGGGAUGUCCUUAAGCGUUGUAUUGUUAUGGGCGCUUUUCUCACCAUCAUCAAGGAGCACUGGCUCGGCUGUGAGUGGUUUCGUGAGGGGUACCAAGGUGCCUUUCCAGAGCACAAGUAUUUGCGCCACGAGUUGUUCCUGGAAGCAUUGAAUACUUACAACGAGCAGCCAUCACAAGAGUCUUUCAAAUUAUGCGCAGAUACUCUUCGUUGGUCUCUGGCAGCCUUGUUUUGCCCAAUCAGGCGUGAUCAUCCUGCCUAUCAUAACUAUCAAUUGGGGACAGCGGCCGAGAACUUGGACGACGACAUAGCUUCCGAAGAAUCCAAAUCAUCAGAAGGAUGCGAUAGUGGAUGUGAAAGGGAGCAAAGGCCAGUCUGUGACUGUCCUGGGUGUAUAACGGUUGCAUCCUCAUCGAGAAGCGCGGUCAUGAUGAGCCAGCCUUCAUAA